CGCAUGUAAAUGGCAGACCCCGAGCUCUUGGCAUCCCCGGACUUAUUUCGGCGGCUUGAAAAAAAGUGUUGCAAGCCUUGCCGCCAUCACCGCAUCUUUGAGCUAUUAUCACCCACCACAUCUCCAACCAUGUCGAUGAUCACAGCCACAGCGUGGGUACCACGGGGCCAUGCAGCCGCCUUCCCUACGAAAUAUGUCUUCGACGAAGACGAGUAUGCACGCAUUUCGAAGCUGGCGAAGCUGGAGCUGGAGGAUGCGAAGGAAGAUCUCGAGCGCGCGAGGCAGGGGAUGAUGGAGCCGGCGGACGAUGGCAAAGCUGCUUCCGCCGCAAACGAGUCUGAGGAUGAGGAGGAAGAUGGUGAGGGUGGGGGUGUGACUGUUGAUCGGGAAGAGGAGGAUGAUGAUUUGAAAGAGUACGAUAUGGAGCAUUACGACGACGAGCCGGAUGUGGUGGGGAAAGAGGAUGGUGAAGCAGGGCCGAAUGACAGUUUGUUUGGCAAUAUCAAGGGUCUGGCGUACUACACGAAUAACGAGGAGGAUCCGUACAUUACGCUGGCGGCGAACGACGUGUCGGACGACGAGCGAGAGGAGUUGCAGAUCCUGACUACCGAUAAUCUGCUUCUCGCGGCGAGGAUCGAGGACGAAGUGGCGCAUCUCGAGACGUACGUGUACGAAGACGAGGGGGAUAAUCUGUAUGUGCACCACGAUGUCAUGUUGCCCGCCAUGCCACUUUGUGUCGAGUGGGUGCGAGCGCGGCCGCACAAGAAGGGCGAGGCGGGCAGCUUCGCAGCGGUGGGCACGAUGGAUCCGGAGAUUGAGCUGUGGGAUCUCGACGUGGUGGACGGCAUGUACCCGACCGCCGUGCUGGGCGGCAUGUCCGAGGAAGACGCCGGGAAGAAGAAGAAAAAGAAGAAAGGCAAGAAGGCCAACAGCGCAUACCACGUCGACUCGGUGCUGGCGCUGUCGGUCAAUCCCACGCAUCACAACCUCCUCGCCAGUGGCUCUGCGGACAACACCAUCAAACUCUGGGAUUUGAACACCUGCACCGCCGCGCAGAGCUACUCCCACCACACGGAUAAAGUGUGCGCGCUCGCCUGGCACCCGACACAACCCUCCGUCCUCCUAUCCGGCUCCUACGACCGUACAAUCGUAGCAACCGACAUGCGAGCUCCCGACACGACCGGUCCGCGCUGGGGAGUCGAAAGCGACGUCGAGCAGAUCCAAUGGGAUCCCCACGACCCGCAACGCUUCUACGUGAGCACGGAAAACGGCAUCCUGCACUGCUUCGACGCCCGGCAGCUCCCCGCUACCCCGGAACAAAGCAAAGCCCUCUGGCAGCUGCAAGCGCACGACAAAUCCCUCUCGUGCUUCUCGCUCAACCCCGCAGUCCCCGGCUUCAUCGCCACCGGCUCCCCCGACCGCACCGUCAAACUGUGGAACGUGUCUUCGGACUCCACGGGUCCCAGCAUGGUCGUGUCGCGCGACUUGGGCGUGGGCAAGGUGUUUUCGACGAAUUUCGCGCCCGACGAUGCCGUUGCUUUCCGCUUGGCGGUUGCGGGUAGCAAGGGCGCGGUGCAGGUGUGGGAUACGAGUACGAAUCGCGCUGUCCGGGAGGCUUUUGCUACGCGGGUCAAGAUGCCGGUGGCGCAAGAGGGGGAAGUGAAGGAGAGGUUGGUGGGGUUGUCGAGGGAUGAUGAUCUCGAUGAUGACGAUGAUGAGGAGGAGGAGGAUGAGGAGGGGGAGGGGGGCGAGGAGAAUGGGUGGGAGAGUAUGGAGGAGGAUUGAGUAGUGAUUAUGAAUUGCA